CAUCAAGAAUGCCACGUUUUUCAGCCUUUCAGUGGCAUGCAAUGCACCGCAAUAGCUUUAUUAGCCUUUUUAAUCCAGUCUACAAAAUAUUAGCCGAGAGCUGCUCGGGGACUUGAUGCUAUGCAUCAAAAUUUACCUGUUAUUUGUUUUUUUUUUUUUUCAGAGGGACGUCAUACUGUAUGUAAUUGAAAUAGUUGAAUAGUAUAUCUUCGCUUAAAAUUUACCUGUUAUUUUUUUUUCAGAGGGACGUCAUACUACAUGUAUUGGAAAUAGUUGAAUAGUGUAUCUUCGCUGUUACCAAGUUACAUCAGAUAACGACAGUCGUUAUGAGUCAGAAGGAAAAUCAAAGGCAUAUGUAGUCAGCAGUAUAGAUUGAGUCAUGCAAAUACAUUCCUGCAUACGCUACCUUGACUGCAGAUAAUAAUUACUAGUAACAGAAACAAAAAGUAGUAUAAACUCAUUUUGAACUUAGCACUUGAAAAUACUUCGGCAUUUAUGUGUUUUUAUGAUUGCUGUAAAUAAUUCAUGGAGGGAAACAGUUUAGAAUUUAAACAAAAGACUUCUAGUCGUCAUUUGACUAAAUUUAACCACCCAGUGCCGUACAAGUGCGAAAUAUGCAAAACUGAUUUUCCAAACAAAGAAAGGUUCAAGACACACAUGAAUAGUCAUGUUAAGGUUAAAAAUCCUCCUGUGCUGCCAUAUAUAUGUGAAGUUUGCAGAACUUCUUUUGCAAGCAAAGAAAUGUUACUGAUACACGGAAUUUCUCAUGUGAAGAUAAAGAAACCUCUUGUGCUGCCACACGUGUGCGAAGUAUGCAAAACUUCGUUUUCAAACAAAGAAAUGUUAGCGACGCACAGGAUUGUUCAUGUUAAGGUUGACAAACCUUCAUAUCAAUGUAAGAUAUGCAAGAAGUUUUUUCAAGAACUGGGAAGUUUAAAAUCCCACAUGGAUAUUCACAUUAAACGUCCUUUUAUGUGUGAAGUGUGCUUGAAAUCAUUUGCUAUAGAAGACCAGUUGACUCGGCAUAAACUUAUCCAUAGUGAAAAAUCUGAGAAACGUAAAGAAAAGAAAAUCCUGAAAAUAGAUCACUCACCGAGAACAAGGCAAGCAGUGAAAAUUGCAGAGUCUUACAAGUGUGAAAUAUGCUUGAAAAUGUUAAAGACAUCAGUAAGUUUAAAUAGACACAUGCGCACUCACACUGGUGAGGGAAUCCAUGAGUGUAAAAUAUGUUCAAAAUUGUUCACAACCGCAGGAUGUUUAAAAGUACAUAUGCGUGUCCACUCUGAAGAACGCCCUUAUAUUUGUGAAUUAUGUGGUAAACGGUUUAAGUCAUCUGCAUAUUUAAGGGAGCACCGGCGCAUUCAUACGUGUGAAAUUUGCAGUAUGACUUUUGCAUCUGUAGCAGAGCUAAGAAGUCAUUGGCACACACAUUCAGUUGUGCGCCCUUAUGAGUGCGAAAUGUGCAAGAAAUCUUUCAAAAAUAAAAGAUAUUUUGAGUUUCAUCGGCGACUCCAUUCUGCAGAGAAUCUAUAUAAUUGCAAAAAAUGUGAAAAAUCUUUUCUGUUCUUCUAUCUCUUUGAAAGACAUCAGCGCAAACAUUCUGAUGGGCUUACGCAUUCUAGUGGACAUCCAUACCUGUGUGAAAAAUGUGGGAUCACCUUCGAAGUGCCAGCAGAUUUACAUAAUCACAUGCAUGUUCAUUCAGGUAUUCGACCAUACGGAUGUGACAUUUGUGGAAAGCCCUUCAUGAGUGCUACACGUUUAAAGGGGCAUAAGCAGCAAAAGCACAAUGUCGAAUAUACAGUUGAUCGCUUGUAUGAAUGCGAAAUAUGUGGUAGGUCUUUCAAAUGGAUUGGUAGUUUCAAACUUCACAAAAUAGUUCAUUCUAGUGAAAGGCCAUAUCAGUGUCAGAUAUGUAAAACAUCGUUCAAAGCGGAGAAAUAUCUAAAGGUUCACAAACGAUAUCAUACAGGUGUUCGACCUUAUGGAUGUGACUUAUGCACAAAACGUUAUGUAACUUCAUCAGAUUUAAAAAAACACAAAGGUAUUCAUGCAAAUGAAUGUGACAUAUGCAAAAAAUCUUUCAGAGAGGUUGGUGCUUUAAAACGCCACAUGCGUUUUCAUUCUGCAGAACGUCCCUAUCAGUGUGACAAAUGUAACAUUUCAUUUGGAGUGGCAAAGAAUUUACAGAAGCACAAGCGCAUUCAUUCAGAUGUACGACGUUACGAAUGUGACAUUUGUAGAAAACGCUUCCAUUUUGGAUAUGCUUUAAGGAAACAUAAGCUUUGUCAUAGUGAUGAGAGAUUAUACAGUUGUGAACUAUGCCAAAAAUAUUUCAAAGAGAAAAGUAAGUUAAAACGGCAUACAGAUAAAAAACACCCAGGGAAAGAAUAAGUUUAUGCUGUAGCUGAAAAUCAACGUCACAUGAUUCAUUCUGGCGAGUACCUCGUCAUAAUUUCAGAUAUAUUGCUCUUUAGUGGUUCUCACCAGUGAGUGAUCAGUGCUUGUUCUCCGCAAGAUAUAUACUUUGGCGUGUUUUGGUGAUUUAAACUGAGCAUAUUAAAGGACAAUGAAAGCCUGACAACAAGUCAGUUUCAUAUGAAACCCAUCCUCAAGCAUUUUAGAACGCUGAAAGGAUUUUUAAAACGGACCACUAUUGAAAAGGUGAUGGCAGUUUGAAAUAUAAGAAAAUUGCUGAUCACAGAGGCAGCCAUUUUGUGUGUUUGUGAUGUCAUUUACACACUGCUAAAUUCUUUAGAAUAAUCUUUUAGAUAGAUUAAUUAUAUAUGUUUAUUGUAGAAUUUAGUAAUUUCUGUCAUUAUAGCUGAAACAAAUAGAUAAUUCAUGAGACGAUGUGUCAUGAGCAAGAUCCGAACCCCUAGCUAAAAGGUCAAGGUCACAAUUGGAGGUCAACUGUCAACAAGGUUUCUAUCCUGUCCGGUGCAUUCUCUCCCAUCCAUGAAGGGAUUUUUUAUAUCACUUGUCAUAAAUGUUCCUUAUAAGACGAUAUGAGAUGCACAACUUUCAGACCGCUAGCUCGAAGGUCAAGAUUACACUUAGCAGACAAAUAUUAGCAUGGCUUGAACAAGUUCUACUUGGUGUUCAGUCCAUAACUCUGUCAUUUAUAAAGUGCUUUUAAUAUCUCUUGGCACAAAUGUUCUCCGUGAUCAGACGACGUGUCGUGCGCAUGACCCGGACCCCUAGCUCAAAGGUCAAUGUCUCAAUUGGAGGGCAAAAGUCAACAGGGCUUUUUCCUGUCUGGACCAUAACUCGCCCAUCCAUGAAGAGAUUUUAAUAUUACUUGGCACAAAUGUACCUCAUAAUAAGACGAUGUGUCAUGCACAUCUUUCGGAUCCCUAGCUCAAAGGUCAAGGUUACACUUAGCAGUCAAAUGUUAACAUGGCAUGAACAGGUUUUGCAUCGUGCCUGGUCCAAAACUUUGUGAUUCAUUAAAGGAUUUUUUACUAUCACUUGGCAUAAAUGUUCCCCAUGAUCAGACGACGUGUCAUGCCCAAAACCCGGACCCCAGGCUCAAAGGUCAAGGUUUCAAUUGGGGGUUUAAAGAUCUGCGGUUUUUUCUAUCCUGUUUAUAACUCUGUCAUGCAAACUUGAUAUAGAUAUCAAUUGGCAUAAAUAUUCCACCAGAUGUGACAACAUGUCAUGCGCAGAUCCCGGGGCCUAUGUUUAAUAGGUCUAAGGUGAAGGUCACAGAGGUCAAAAGUCAGAUACAAAAAUAACUGUAUCUAGAGUAUUUCUUCUUCAUGCAUGGAGGGAUUUUGAUUUAACUUGGCACAUAUGUUCACCACCAUGAGAAGGAUAGUCAAGCGCAAGAACCAGAUCCCUAAGUCUAAAGUCAAGGUCAUACUUAGAGGUCAAAGGUUAAAUGUAAGAAUUACAUUGCCCAGAUUAUUUCUUCUCCGAGUAUGGAGGGAUUAUGAUGUAACUUGGCACAAAUGUUUAUUUAUUGCCUUGAGGCACCCUUGUUUUUAAAAUUAUCUCUCGUUGUUGUUACUAUAAAUAGAUAAUAUUAUGAGUUCUUUCUUAUCGGGAAAAGUAGAUACCAGUUUUUUGUGGUACAGCAACUGUAGGAUUUUAUGUAUGCAAAUUUUAAUCCAAGUGUUUUGUUUACAUAUUGUAUCUAUAGUACAAUAUUGUUUAUAAAUACAUCAUUGACAUAUAUCAGUUCAUUAUGUUAUACUGGAGCAGAAACCGGUAGCCUCAUGUAGGGGACUUUGUAUUACAUGGCUAUACUUCAUUCACUUGUUUCUCUCUGACCCUCAGGUCAGAUCUCCCUGUGUCAGUAUUAGCAAAGGAUGAAGUUGGCACCCUGAGUGACUGCCAUUGCACUAUGUUAAGGGCCUUUGAACGUGCAUAUCAUUAAUAGGGGUCUAUAUAAGAUACCGGUGUCCGUUUUUCCAUCAGUUAGCAAUUUUAUUUCCGCUCUGUAAUUCUUGAACCUUUGAAGGAUUUCAAAGAAACUUGACACAAAUAUUAACCACAUCGAGACAACAUGCACAGCGCAUGUUAUUGAGGGCUCGUUUUAAGUUCACAGUUAGGUCAUGUCUUCUCUGUAAAUGUUGAACUGCUUGAUGAAUUUUUAGCCCACCAUCAUUAGAUGGCUAUUCAAAUCCCUGCGUCCGUGGUCCGUCAUCCUUCCGUCCCUCCUUCUGUUAACAGUAUCUCGUUAUCACAUCUCCUCAGAAACUUCUUAGCGGGUUUGGACCAAACUUUGUCAGAGAGGUGUUUAAGUACCCUAGUUGUGUCCCUCAAAAGGUCAGACUGGUUCAGUAUUUUUUGUGUGAGUUAUAGCCCUUGGCCUUUGUUUAUUAUUUUAAUUUUCAUAGAUUUUUAUGAGGGAAUACUUUGAAAAUUUUCUUGUUCAAAACCACAGAGUCUUGGACUUAGAUAUUUGGUAUGUAGCAUCAUCUGGUGAUCCAAGAUCUUUCAAAUUAUUUCCCUAGGUUCAAAUAUAGCCCCGCCCCGAUGUUCACAUGCUUUUAUAGACUUAUAUAGGGAAAAACUUCAAAAAUCGUUUCAUCUAUAUCCUACAACAUUCUUUGGACCUCAUGUAUAGUUGUGAGAGGCUAGAUGAACCUUGACAUGAGUUGACCUUGAUCUUGAACUAGUGACCUACUUUCACAUUUCUGAAGCUACCAUCUUUAAAUUUGGACCUGGUGCAUAGGUUUGUAUUCCGAAAUAAUCUUUGACAUUGACCUAGUGACCUACUUUCAGAUUUUUGCAGGUACAGGCUUCAGAUUUGGACUAUAUGCAUAGUUUUGUGUUCCGAACUGAAAUUUGACCUUGACUUUAGCUUAGUGACCUACUUUCAUAUUUCUCAAGCAACAGCUUUAAAAUUUGACCACAUAUACAGUUAUGUGUACCGAAAUGAACUUCGACCUUGAUCUUGACAUAGUGACCUUCUUUCAAAUUUCUCAAGCUACAGCCUUCAAACUGGGACCACUUGCAUAGGUUUGUUUACUGAAAUAAACUUUGACAUUGACCAAUUGACCUACAUUCAUAUUUGUGUAGUUACAGGCUUCAAAUUUGUUUAUUCAGUGCUUACCACAUCAGAAUUUUAUCGUCAGUGUUUUCAAAGUGUGCUUUUCCAGACCUGGUUUAUAACCCAGCCCAGUCAGAGUUUUUUCAUGAGAUCUAAAUUUGAUCAACAUUUGUAUAGUCAUAUUUUAAGUACAUUUUGUAAUUGUAAGACAAGACUUCACUUUUGAUACAGAUUUGCAUUAAAACUCUGUUUGCGACAAUUUCACGAGUGGCACUUGGGUAAAUUAUGGUGUUCAUGAGUGAAAUAUAUAUAUUUGAUCUUGCAUUGAAGCAAACAUUCUAUUUUAUUUAUUUUUAGCUACCUGAGCUAAAGGCUCAUGGUGAGCUUUUGUGACCAGUUGAUGUCCGUUUUCUAUUGUGCGUCUGUCAACAAUUUUUGGUCUGCACGAUAGGGUUUUGUUUAUGAUUCGAUUAUAAUCAAAUAUCUGCUCAUUUUGAAUCACCAUAAGAACUGGAUUCUUUUCUUUAACCAGUCAUAUCCCUCCAUGGGUUACAGAAUUACAUUCCCUGAAAGGCCAACAAUUGGCUAUAUAGGUCUUGUCAGCACGAAAGUGGUUUCAUUUAUGAUUUGAUUUAAGCAAAGUUGCGGUUCUAGGACGAUCUGUGUAUGAAAAGAAUUGGAACCACUGCCUUACCCUGGCGUGAUCGUAAGAGGCGACUAAUAGGGCCUUAACACUUAAUUUUGCAGUAACUCUGUGAUGCCAGCAGGUAUGCAAAUUUUGAUUCCAUACCUCAUGUUUUUAUUUCGAUGUAAAUGAGAUGUGGAACCAAAAUAUGUUGUCCUCUUUGGCGCCAUAUAACCUAUACUGUGUUGGUGCACCGUAAAACCCAAAUAAAUAAAUUAAGCAAAGUUGCACACAAUUUGUAUAACUAUACAAUCAGUUCUUUUCUUGAACCAGUCAAAUUCAUAAUGGGUUCUAGAGUUACUGUCCUUAAAAGACGGAAAUUGUCUAUUUUGGUCUUGUCUGCAAGCAGCAGUUGCAUUUCAUUUUAUUUUAACCCAGCUUGCACACAAUUUGUAUCACCAUAAAACCUUGGUUCAUUUCUUAAACUACCCAUAUCCUACCAUGGACUCUAUAGUCAUGGCCCAUGUAAGGGCAAAACUUUGGGUAUUUUUGUCUUGUCUGCACAAUAGUGUUUCAUUUUGAUUUAACCAAACUUGAACACACAUAUCACCCCAAGAUCUUGGUUUCUAUCUUGAAUCAUAACUGGAUUCCAGGGUAAGGGGUCCUUAAAGGGUCAGAAUCUGGCCAUCUUUGGUCUUGUCUGCACAAAAGCGGUUUCAUUUAUGAUUGGAUUUUCAGCCUAAGUGACUGCUUAGUGUUAGUUGUACCUCUCGACCCAUCCGUCCGUCAACAAUCUUUAGAAAAAAAUGAUCACAAUUUAGAUGAUUUCAGUUUUUUACCAAUUGACAUUGUUGAUAAUGAUAUGGAUAGGUUUUUACGUGAUAUCCUGGAUUCACCGGUUAAAUACCGUGCACCCAUCUGGCAUGAACACCAGCGUAUUAUUUACUAUGUGAAUGCAGUUACCGAUUAACAUUCAUUGCGGUUUUAUAUACUAACACUUUCAUAAUAUCCCUACAGCUUAAAUAUUAUCAUUGUAUAGUAUUGUUUUUAAUAUAUUUUCUAACUUUAAAAUAAUAUUAAAAUUUUAUGAAAAAGUUAAGAAUAUAUCUGCUCUAUUUUCCAGCACUUUGAUAUUUUAUUGCCGUUUUAUUACCUCCCCUUAUUACUGCUUCAAGGUCCCCUUUUCCGCCGUUUGACUGCAUUUUGUCUUUAAAUCGUAUUUUUGUGAAAGUUUUUAAUUUUUGAUUGUUUCUGUAAUUAUAUACAUGUAUGUGUGGUUAGCUUUUAAAUUAAUGUUAUUUUACCAUUUAUAUACUUAUAAGUAGAUCUAUUGUUAAUUCUCGCUUAUGCUUCACAUGUAUACUUCAAAAUUUGUCAUGUAGAUAUGUGGGGUUUUAUUUUUUCUCUGCUUCAUAUUGAAGAAAUAUGUUUUCGAUAAAUACCCGCCGUAUCAUUUUGAUCCGUAUCUAUAUGUACAUUAAUACAAAUAUAUUCUAUAUUUGCGCUUUUUGUCACGUUGACGUUCGCGUCCAAACGGACGUGACGUCGUUUGUAUUGUACGUUGUUAUUUCUGACGAAGACAUAAUGGUCGAAACUAGUAAAGAA